CCCAAUGUUUUGCUUGCUCUUCCGCGUUCUCUCCUGAGCUAGAGGCACCUGAUCCGGCUCUAAAGUCUGUCAAAUCUGACAGCUUUACCAUUAAAUGACUAUGUUUGAACAGCUACGUGUUUAAUCGACCCGUCGGAACACUUAGCUAAGCCUCCGUUUGUAAAGCGCGCUGUUGAAGCUAACUAAGCUAACAGAGCAGCAUCAGGUGAACAGCAUCAGUGUGGGCUAUGGCGGCGGUGGACAGCUUUCAGUUUUUGUACAGAGAAAUUGCUCGAUCAUGCAGUUUCUACUUUGAAACCCUGGCCCUGGUCGGUGCUCUGUACACAGCCAGCAAAGCAGUGAUCCUGCUGAGAGACUGCUGCACGCUGGUCAGGGUGCAUUUCCUGCCCAGGAUGAUCCCCAGCAGGAGGCUGACCCACAGGUUUGGAGACUGGGCGGUCAUUUAUGACGCAGCAGAACCUUUAGCUAAAGCCUACGCAGAGGAGCUGGCCCGGCAGGGGGUCAGCCUCAUCUUUGUGACCCAGGACCACACGGCGGUCCGAGACUCCGCCUCCUCGCUCUCCCAGACCUACGGCGUGGAGGCCGUGGUGGUCCUGGCCGACUUCUGUCUGGACCAGUCGGCCAGUAAACCCAUCAAAGACGCCAUGAGGGGGAAGGACGUGGGCUUCCUGGUCAACUGUUUGGACCAGGCGCUGGCGUCGCCCCGCAGCCUGACCGACAUGCCCGAGCAGGCCCUGAUGGACCUGCUCAACAAAAACGUAGCCGUGGCCACUCUGAUGGCCCGCCUGGUUCUGCCAGGGAUGGUGGAGCGCCGAAGGGGGGCCGUCAUCAACAUAUCGUCAGGAGCCUGUAGUCGACCGCUGCCUGGAAGAGUAACGCUGACCGCAUCGACUGGUUACCUGGAUCAUUUCUCCAGAGCUCUUCACCUGGAGUACAGCCGAAGUGGGAUCUUUGUCCAAAGUUUGAUUCCUUUCCAAAUUGCCUCAGAUGAGCGACAGCCGUCAUCCUCAUCCUCAUCUUCAUCGUGCAGAGAAGGCUGGUUUGUACCAAAGCCGGAGGUUUAUGCUCGACACGCCAUCUCCACCCUGGGCGUGUCCAACAGAACCACCGGGUACUGGCCUCAUACUCUGCAGUACGGACUGAUGAGGUGCAUCCCCGAGUGGAUCUGGGUUCUGGGAUCUCGGGUUCUGAUCAGUUCAAGCUAAGAACCGGCUUCUCCUCCCAUCACCACCUGGAUCCUCCUGUUACUUGAGCCACCGUUACACGUUUAGUUUCUAACAAUAAGUCAGACGUGAGGUUAGAAACUCAACCCUUUAGCUUUGAGUUUGGGUUGUACACUUUGAUUUGAUCUUGAAGUUCUCCAGUUAAUGAUUCCUGCAGAAUAAUAUUGACAUUGGUAUUUAACUUGACGGGCGGAACGUUAAUAAAUCAGCAGGACUGGUCUAUUAAGGACGAAUCUGAAUGUAAAGUAUUAGUUUUUUUACUGUGUGUGUUUAAGAAAGUCGCACCUUAUAUCCUGCAGAACUGAAAACAGAAGUGCCAGUGAGUUUUACCUCCAGUAUCACAGAGGAAGAAGACAACGUUAUAGUAACUUACAACCAUAAAAAAAAAAGAAAUUUAGAUGACAACAAUUAGGACGCAGACCGCCAUGGAAGUCAAUCUGUCUCAGCAGGUU